AUGACUACAUACCCGUUGAAUAUGAUGUUGCAACACUUGCUAACUUACGUACGUUCAUUUUGCUCGGUUCGAUAUAUAGUUAAAUUCUUGCCAAACGGUUCAUUGGCUCCGAGAUUGAAUAUUGAUAGUAAUGUAUUAUUAAGUAAAAACUCAGAAUAUGAUGAUUGUGAUUGUUCGGCAUCAGAUUCCAAUGUGUUAUAUACUUCAAGUUAUACAGAUCCUAUCAAUAGUAAUGAUGAUGAUAGUUAUAACGAACCAAAUCGGAAUUCACAUUUAACUUCUUUACCCUGUUACAAUGACAAUCGAGAUACUGUUUCCAGUUCAUUUUCUAUUUUUAAUUCACAUAAAAAUUUUAAAAAUUAUCAAGAGUCUAAUGUUCCAGUGUAUUAUGUUGGUUCAUUUUCCAAUAUAUAUACCAGUUUACCAGAUUCUGAAAUAAAAUCUAUAAAAAACAUUACUGGUGAUAAUAAUGAUCAAAAAUUAAUUAUGAAAUCAAACAAAACACAGUACAGUAAUUAUAGGUAUCGUGGAAAAAAUAAAAGAGGAAAGCGCCUUAAAGAGUCUACUAAAAAUAAUGGCAAAUUGUAUCAUAAUAAUAAUACUUCAGAUACUACAGACAGCUCUGAUGAACAUUUUCAUUCAUCAUCUAGAUCAAAUCGUAUUUCACAAUUAGAAGCUGAAAUUUCUCGUUUAAGAUCACAAAUUGCUCAGUUAAUUUCGGCUCAAGAAUUAGGCGAAUCAAGCACAUGUGACUUAGGACGAGAUCGCUUUCCUCAUCGUCCAGAUGCAGAUGGUGAGAGUGAUACUGCCAUCGCCGCCACAGGAUCACCUAGUUUGAUGGAACAUGAUGAAACAAAGUUUAACAACAAUUUGUUAGAAUCUAAUAUUCCUUCAGCUAGUUUAAUUUCGACAUCAUUAAUACUACCGCCGCCGCCACCACCACCGCCCAUGAUUUCUUCACCUGCACUACAAGGAGGAGCAAAUGGUAGUAGUAAUUGGAGAGAACAAUUGCAAGCAAGGUUAAGAAGUAAAAAGAAUAAUUGCACAGAUAAAACAUCUACACCAAUAAAAAGUAAUUUGUCGAUAUCACAAAAUCCUGCUGAUAUGUCACAAGUGUUGAAAGAAUUACAAAGUGGAUCCAUUAAACUACGUUCAAUACCAAGAUCACCCGGUGGCACACCGAUAAAACAAAAACGGUCUCCUACAAUCAGUGGCUCUGAUCCGUGUGCAAUUAUCGCUCGAGCAUUACACUCUAAAUUUUCACAUCUUCGUUCUAUGAUGGACAAUUCUACUAGCGGUGAAGAAAAAAGCCAGUCAGAUAAUCAUCUUGACUCUGGCCUAGGACCUGGACGUGAAGAUAUUUGGUCACCCAAACGUAAACCCAACGGUUCUCCUCAUUCACUGAUUUUUGGCCAGCAUAUUCUCCGCCCAGUCAAUCGACGUCCAGACAAAGCCAAUUAA